AUGGAUGGGCAUUCUCUAGAAGGGGGGUCGUCCUGGGGGCCCCCUGAGGGUACCUUCUCUCAUCCGCCGACUGGAGAGACACCUGAGUCAGCUACUAGUCUGGAGAGAGAGGCUCCCUUUCAAGGGGGUCCCCUAGGGGUUGCCAGGACCCCCGCGGGACCCUCCCCGGCAACGCGUAAGGUGUGUGUGUUGGUGUCUUCUGAAGUUCAUUUUUGUAGCACGAGUCAAAAGGGGGAAAAGGAGUUCGUUGCUGAGGCUGGCGUGUCGCUGUCUUCCCUUUUAGAUAUGCACAGGGCCUGCAGGAGCUGCGGAUACACCCUAGAGUUUGUGACGCCUUCAGGGGCCCCCCCGCCCGUGGGUUCCUUUGGGUCGCUUGAAGAGGUGGGAUUGCUGCUAGAGAAGCAGCGGGAGGCGGACGCGGAGCUGCUGCUGCAGCAGCUACAGCACCCACAGCAGCUGCGCAAGGCAUCAGCAGUAGACUAUUGCUGCUUGCUGUUGCCCCACCAUCUGGGAGCAGCAAUAGACCUCUACAGCAGCGCCAACACGGGGGCCCUCAUCAAGGAAUUCGGGGCCCUCAAGAAGCCCGUCGGGGUGCUGGGCUACGGCGCGUUCGCCCUCUGUGCGAAACCUCUCUCAGGCCUAAACCCUAUACCGUAUGCCCUAAGCCCCAACUCUGAAGUGGUAGGGCUUUUGUCUGCAGGCUCUGAGGCCCUCCCGUUGGCCGGCCGCCUCAUAUCCACAGUCCCUCUCGCUGAGGAGGCGCGGCACCCGUACUUCGGGCUGCUGCCGCUACACCUCGAGCUGCACUUUGCUGCUGAAGGGGCUCAAACGGCAGCAGGCCUCCCGGGUACGGAGGGCCUUGUCAUCGACGGCCAGCUCGUCUCUGCAAGCAGCGAAACAUCCACUGAACUCCUCCUCAGGGUGCUCAUCCUGCUAGCUUCCAUGCAGCAACAGCAGCAGCAGCAGCAACAGCAGCAGCAAAUGCGGCAACAGCAGUAG